AUUUUAUAUAAAAUAAAAAUUAAAGGCGAAUUUCCUCUCACAGUGUGCCUACCAUAGUCGCCGUUGCUCUUCUGUUCUUCGUCCCCUUCGUCAUAAAACCGGCAAAGCCUUGGCUUUUACUUCUCAAAUGGGUGAACACUGAAUAAUAAUAGCAUUGAAUUGAAAAUUGAAAUCCAUUAUGGGGUUUUCCACUGCUUUAUCUCUUUGCUCUCACACUACCAUCUUUUCUACUCCCAAGCUCUUUUCUAAUCCUAAGCUUGACUACAACUCUCUUAAACCCUCCUUCCCUAAACCCCACAUACAAAAACCAUUUAUACUCCGAACUUCUACAAACCCAUCAAGAUUCAAGACCCAUUUCUCAAAUGGGUCAGACUUGAGCUGUUUUCUCCCACCUAAGGAUAAUUUUCAUCGAUUUCUCCUGGAAAAAAUUGUGGGGUUUGUAGUUGGGACGGCUUUCUUUACUGGGUUUUUUAGUAUGAGACCAGCUUUGGCUUUAUUACCUGCUCAAACGACCAGCUCUAGUAGUACCCAAAGUGAAGAAAUUGAAAAGGAGGAGUUUUACCAGGAGGUUUUGAAGAAGGAGCCGAAUAAUACUGAAGCUUUAAUGGUGGUUUUGUAUGAGAAAAUGAGGAGAGGGGACACAAAGGAGGCUGUUAAAUAUGUGGAGAGGUUGGUUGAGUUGGAACCACAGGAAGUUGAAUGGAAGCUUUUGCUGGCACUUUCUUAUGAGACGAUGGGGAAAUUGAGUACAGCAAAACGAUUGCUCAAGGAAAUCUUGAAACAGAGGCCUCUCUUGCUUAGAGCCUUGCAUGGUCUAGCAUUAGUGAUGCACAAGAAUCAUGAAGGUCCAGCAGUGUUUGAGAUGCUGAAUAAGGCUUUAGAAUUAGCUCGGCGUGAAAAAAAGGUUACCGAGGAGAGAAACAUCAGAAUUCUGAUUGCACAAAUGCAUGUUGUAAGGGGGGCAUUGGAAGAAGGUUUGAAGGAAUUUCAAACUCUGGUUAAGGAGGAUCAUCGUGAUUUUAGACCUUAUCUCUGCAUGGGGAUUGUGUACAGCUUACUUGAUAAAAAGGAAGAGGCUGCAGAGCAGUUUGAGACAUACCGAUCUCUCGUGCCAGAAGAAUUUCCAGAAAGGGGAUUUCUCGAUGAUGUUGUGUUGGCUGCAAAAUCCAAAUCAAGAGAACAGUUACAGAAGGAAUUUGAGAAUGAAUACACAAAGUUGAAGUAAAAACAUCUUUUUUGUCAAGCAAGUAGAAUCAGGCUUAUUCAUCAGCAACAAAAAAAGUAGAAUCAGGCUCAGCUUAAGUGGUGUUUUUAUUUGGUCUUUGAAAGUUAAUUUUCUGUAAGGAAAUAAUUAUAGAUUAAUACUUUCAAGUUCAAAUUUCUUGACAUUUUAUUCAAGCUAGAGGAGUAGAGCACUCAGAUAGUUUGCUAAAGCUUGAAUUGUGCACCAACAUAGAACCUGAAUUUUGUCAAAUAUUGAGAAAUAAAAUGGGAAAACUUUACAUAUUAUGAAAUAAAUAUUUAUUAUGUCAA